UUCUUCAUAUUCAUUUUACAGUAACUAAAAGUCUAAUUCUGUCCCUUUAGAACUUGGAGUUGAAAUAGGGCAUCAACACUGUCAAUUGCAGAGGCUUGGAGCUGCUUCGGCAUCCAGUAGAGCAAACAAGAAGGUAAAGUCAGAAACAAAUAUUUCAUCCUUGGAAGGACUUCUCAUCUUGCAAUGGAAGCCAAGUUCUUUCGGUUUCUGAAGCUUGUUGGAGUUGGCUUCAAAGCAAGGACCGAGCGUGAAGGCCGCGAGUUGUUUCUGAAACUGGGCUACAGUCAUGAGGUGCAGUUCACCGCUCCACCUGCCGUCCGCGUCUUCUGCUUCAAACCCAACAUAAUAUGCUGUACUGGCAUUGACAAGCAUAGAGUGCACCAUUUUGCUGGAGCUGUCCGAUGCAGCAAACCUCCAGAAGUGUACAAGGGGAAGGGCAUACUGUACAUCGACGAGGUCAUAAAGCUGAAACCGGGGAAGAAGCAGCAGAAGAAGUAACACAUGGGUAACCUCCCCAUUUGACUUCUAGCUUGUUUAGAUACCGCAUCACAUUUGUGGUGCCGAUUUCAUGUGGUUUUCUCGUGCCGGAUUGUGGCUAGCCCCAGUGCCAUGCUGGACUUCGUAAUAAUACUCUGUAUGCUAUGUGAAUCAUCUGGUGAGCAUGUACUGUAUGACUUGCAUACCUUGGGGGCGGAUCAGCACAUUCAAACAUUUGUGUUUUUGUUUUGGGCUGGCUAGAUGCAUGUAACCUACUUUCAAUAGCCCAGUGUGUUUGUUGAUGUCACUACUUUCUUCAUA